AUGACCGAAGCCUUGCGAUGGAUUGGUUAUCUGGCCAUGGUUCUACGUGCUCCCGAUUUUGGUUGUUCAGCAUCUGUGGAUGUACAAGUGAAGUUUUGCCACUUUCCUGUCCAUGCUGAGCCUGAUACCUACACUCUUAUGGUGGGACACAAGGUGCUGAUCAGCAGCUCAGUGUGUCUGAGUGUGUGUGAGUGCAUGAUGAAUGUAAGUGUGCCACAGGUGUCUAGUGAAAUAAAUCUGACUCUGCAGUCAUUCAGACGUGGGCAGAUGUUGCAACACAGACUUUUUCAAUUAGUUCCUUUGCAAAGUUCCUUGCUGAAAUUAGAAGUCUCUUCUACUACUGCACUGUUAUCCUGGACUGAGUGGAGGGACCAUCAAGCGUACAGAGUGUGUGUGGAUCGUCAGUGUUGGGUCCUUACUUUCUUCAAGCCAUCUCACUUGGUAACAGGAUUGCAACCUGGAACUCUUUAUCCAGUCACUGUGGAGCAGAAAACACACAUUUCACAUUAUAAUAUCACUCUCACACAGAAACUGCAGCUGGCAGUAAGGACAGGUGAGUGUCCUGCAGGCUGGCUAGCGAUAGGAUGGAACUGUUUCAAUGUCAGACAGGAUGUACUAGCAUGGUCAAAAGCCCAGCAGGAGUGUGGGAGCAUUGCCACUGGAGUCCAUCUGGCUAAUCUAAAGACUGUUGCUGACUUCCUGACUGUCUCUGCAUAUCUACAUUCCCAUAAUCACCUGUUGCUGCUGUGGACUGCUCUAAAUGAUCAAGAGAAAGAGGGUGACCUGAGCUGGUCUGAUGGUUCAGCCUACAAUCUGAGUGUUGGGGUGGUAUCUUCUUUGCCAGCCAAUCAGACUGACUGUUUUGCCCUUCAAAAAAAUGCUACUGGACCAGGCUACUUCUUCACUGCUCUCUUUUGCUACUUACAGCUCCCGUUCCUCUGCCAGACCGAAUUGCUACAGGAAGCAUUCAUUGGACUGCAAUUGGACAGUGUGCAGGAGACAGAAGCUGUUUUUCGCUGGUCAAAUCUCUCCCAGGUCCUCCAUAUGGUUCCCAGUUCUGAGCUCAACUUGCACAUUGAGGACCAGUCUAGCCGCCAAGCGAGCAUGCAAAAAAAACUUGAAUACACACAAGAUAAAGAGCAUGUGCGUGGACUCUCCCCUGGACAUGUGUAUUAUGUCUCACUUAAGCUUGUACACCCUAGCGGUGCAUCUCAAACACUCAUCCCCAGUUUCAUAAUUAAAACCAGACCAAACUCUCCACGGAAUAUUACAGUGACAGAUGUCACAUCCAGUCAGAUUGCUGUGUCCUGGUUUUCUCCUGACUCUUCCCACGAUGCUUUGUUUGAUGAGUAUUUCCUAAGCUGGCUGGAUACAGCAUCAGGCAUGGGACAGGGCUUGUGGCUGAACAGAAGGAACGUCAGUGGGGUAAUUGAUAGGCUGGAAUCAUAUCAUCAGUAUAGGAUCACUUUAGUGUCAGUCACAGCAGAAGGGAUGGAAAGCUUUGAGUCCACACACCUGACUGUCAUCACAGAGGUCAUGCCCCCAUUCAGUGUUUCAGCAUUAUCUGUGGGGCAAGAUAACAUGACAGUGUGCUGGAAGCAUCUUCAGAACAACAAGGUUGACAGAUAUUACAUCCAGCUACGGCCACACACAGAGCUUUCCAGAAAUUUCUGGGUGAACAGCUCAAACUGUAUUGAACUAAGCAUGCUUGUGCCGGGUGAGACGUAUGAAGUGUGUGUAGCUGCAGAAAGGGGUGGAAAUAGAAGUCAGGAGAGACUCAUACAGCAGACACUGAAGCCAGAAAUGGUUCAUGGUGCUGUUCCAUAUACAGUGGAAGCAAACUUUGUGGUACUGUUUGUCCAGAUGCCCAGCAUUGGUAUUUAUGAUGGCCUUACUGUAGUCUAUGGAAAAAACAGCAUCUGGAUUCCCAUGGUUCAUGGGAGUAGUAAGGCUACAGUGGAAGAUCUGACUCCAGGAACGCUGUAUGAGUUUCAGAUCUUCGUUACCAGCAGAGGCAUGAAGAGUGAUGGCUUUUGUCUGCAUCCAGUCAGAACCUGUCUGGCACCGCCUUUGAGUGUUCGUGCUGGUGUUGUGACGGACCGUGUGAUAGAAGUGUUGUGGGAUAAAGCGAAAGGCCAUGGACAUUCAUAUGAAGUGCUUUGUAUCAACUGUACUGACACUGUGAUGGUGCAGAAAGUUGUCCAAACUACGGCAGUGUUUGAGGACGUGAUCCCAGGAAAACUGUGUAAUAUCUCAGUCCGUACAGAGAAGCAAUCGUUCAGAGACAGUACACCUGUGUUUAUUGCCAUCAGAGCAUUCCCUAGUCCAGUCACACUACUGCCACUGAAGAGGACUGAAUCAUCUUUUUCUGUAAGCUGGAUGGAUGGCCCAGGAGUGUGUAAUGCUUUUAUUAUAUCAAUCAAAAACUCAACCUACAACCUGCAGACCAGUCUAAGUGUCUCUGAUGUGAGAUUUUAUCACUUUGACCACCUACCGCCUGGGACGGUUUACACUGUUGAGGUGAUGAGUGUCAGUGGAGAGAGACACAGUGUCCCUACUGCUGUAACUAACAACACAUUUCCAGCCCCUCCUGAUGACAUCACAUUUAUUGAACAGGAAGGAAAUGCCAUGUACAUUACCUGGACUCGACCACUGGGCAGAGUCACUGGCUACAGGUUGCGCUACAGUCUUGCUGCAGAUAUUUCUCUCCCUCACCAAAUUGAUGUUCUUGUCAAUGGUGUAAGGAUAAAGGACCUUAAUCCAGGAAGUGAUUACAAGUUUGAGAUUCAGUCCUUUCUGGGCUCGGAUUUCAGCCAAAUCCUUACCAAAAACACUUCCACUAGACCUGCAGGUGUAUGUUCUCUUUCUCUGUCACACUUCAGCUCCUUAUCUGUCAUGUUGCGGUGGGACAGUGCUGCUGGUUAUUUUGAUUUCUACAAAGUGACAGUCAGUAACAGCUCACAUCAUUCAGUGUUUAAUGUGACCAACAACACUCAGGAAUACACAGUGAGCGGCCUGCGGGAUGGUUGCACCUACAAUGCCACAGUGGAGCGGGUUAGGAAAACAGCCAGCGGACUUGCAGCUAGUCUCACCAUACACACAGACCCUGCAAGUCCUGAAGAUGUGCAUGUGGUCAGUGUCGCUCCUCGAUCAUUCUCCCUGCACUGGCUGCCAUCUUCUGGAUGUGAUCAACGCUACCAGGUCAACCUCAACCCAGAUCAUGGCAAUGUGACUAUAAUGAUCAUGCCAGAUGGUCAUAUACAGGCCAGUGUGUCCAGUGUGAAUCCAGGAACAACAUAUAUGGUAACUGUCAGUGCAGUUGCCUCCUCAAGGCAAAGCUCUGCUGUCAGUCGUACAGUUACCACUACGGAAGCUGUUCCUGCUGCCCCCUUUACACCAGAAGGAGAGCGAGUAGGCUCGAAUGGAAUCCUUCUAUCCUGGAAGAUGCCACCUCCGCCUGACCUGAGCAUACAUUCGUUUGUAAUCAGAUACAAAGAAGUAUGUCCACAUCCUGACCCUACAUUCACUGAGGUCACUAAAAGCCUGGAUAUCCCAGAAACUCUCCUGAACACCCUCUCACCUGGAGCCACUUAUAAUAUUAAGGUUGCAGCAUUGAACAAGGCAGGAAUUGGACCUUUUAGCCAGUCUCUUUACUUCAAAACCUCAGAGGCUCCCCCUGGGAUGGUGAUGAAUCUCACAGCUUAUGCACAGAACCAUUCUUCGGUGGUACUAAUAUGGUUUUUACCUGUGCGCAUCAAUGGACUCAUUACCAAGUUUGCAGUGAAAGCCAAACAUGCUCGAACAGGUCAAACAGUUCGGGUUCUGGAACUGAAUGCUGAGGAACUCAUGAAUGGAGCACUGCCACAUUGCAAUGAUGCUGCAGACUUCUUGUCCCGUGGAACACCCAGCCCCUCUGAAUCCUCCCUGAUAACAUCUGCGUUGCCCUUAAUGACAAUGUCUGCCAUUCCUCCCGCCUCUGUUUGGAGUGUGCCAAUCACAGUGAGCAUGGACAAGCUUCGCCCCUAUACAGCUUAUGUUUUUGAGGUCUCUGCCUUUACCAGUGAUGGGGAAGGACAGAUCGCCAGUACCAUGGUCCGCAUGCCCGAAUCUGCCCCAGAGAAUUCUCCAAAUAAUCUGUCAGUGCAGAACAUUACUUCAAGAUCUCUUUCUCUGUCCUGGGAGCCUCCAACUAUCAUCACAGGUCGUUUCAGCUACCUCAUUCAGCUUUACGGCCCGACAGGACUCAUAAGUGAAAACAGUACAAGUGAACAGACAAUUUUUUACACUGGACUGACUCCAUACACACGCUACCGUGCAGUUGUCAUGGCCAGGUCUGCGGGGGCCAAUGGCCCAGCAUCAGAGACCAGCAUUUCAACACCUUCAGAGGCUCCCAGCGCAGUGUCAUAUCUUAGAGCAGCAGCUGUGGAUUCCACAUCUGUGAAACUGUCCUGGGGAAUGCCCAGCCAGCCUAAUGGACUCAUCACUCGGUACCGUCUACUCGUCCUGCACCAUGAGACACAUGUACAGGACAUUACUCUCCGAGCACUGCAGCAGGUUAAUCUUUUACCUCUGACCUCAGGAACAGCUCGUCCACCCCUUAUGAGAACCGGCCAGCCACUUCCCUCCACAAGAGCAGCGGUUACGAGUCUGACCUUACAACCACGCACUGCCACACAAGCAGCAGUAACUAGCCGAAUUGAGGUUCUACCCGCCACUGAAGAACUAGUGGACUUAUCAUCCAGUCUGAUGUCUUAUGUGGUGAAGAGUCUGAGUCCUUUCACUGAGUACAACUUCAGCGUGUCUGCCUAUACGACCGUUGGAGAGGGACCUGCCACCCUAAUCACACAGAAAACACGCGAACAGGUACCUAGCUCUGUUCAAGACGUAUACUAUCAGAACAUCAGCUCCACCUCGGUCCUUAUUGGCUGGAACCCACCUCUGAAACCUAAUGGGAAAAUCACACACUACACAGUGUACGUACUCAACGUGCAAAGCCAGGAGGCCCAACAACAAGUUACAGACAUCACUAGCAUAGUGCUAACAGGUCUAGAUAAGUACACACAGUACAGGGUGCGUGUGGCUGCCUCCACAGUAGCAGGCGAAAGCCCUUUGUCUGAUGAAGAUAAUAUCUUCGUACUGACAACUGAAGAUGAGCCGGACUCUCCUCCAAGGGACCUUUUUGUAUUCAACACUACAUCUUCCACUGCCACCAUUGCCUGGUCUCCCCCUGACAAACCCAACGGGAUCAUCCGCAUUUACGAGGUCUCCUAUAGCAAUGCAACAUUCAGCCAAGCAGCAAACACAACAGUGCCCAGCAUCACCUUACACCAACUAAAACCCUACACCAACUACAGCAUCACUGUACGUGGCUUCACACAAUUUGGCCAUGGAGACCAAAUCUCUGACACAUUAGAGAUGUUGUCAGGAGAAGAUGUGCCUGGUAGUCCUCCAUACGAGCUGUCCUAUGAAAGCAUUAGCUCCAGUGAGGUGAAUGUGUCAUGGUCACCACCCCUUGAGCCCAAUGGCCUCAUCAUAUACUACAACGUGGAGUACUGGAACACCACACACACUAUAAAUAUUACAACACCUGCACCAUUUGCAAUUCUGUCAAACCUGCGCAAGUAUGCUAGCUACCGCCUCACUGUUCAAGCAGCAACACGAGUCGGCUUGAGCAACUACACCAGUGAAAUCCUAAACAUCACCACCUUGGAAGAUGUGCCAAGUGACCCGGUCCAUAACCUCUCAGCUCAGCUCUAUGGCUCUACAGCUGUAGUGAUUAGUUGGGACCCUCCUCUAGAGCCCAAUGGUAAAGUCUCCUACCAGCUAAUACUACAGGAGGCUGGCACUACUCACCCAUCCUUGAAUCGCACAGAAAACCAAACUAUUACCAAGACAACUACUGAUACAGUCUUCCUCUUCACCAAACUCAGGAAGUACUUCCCUUAUGUUUUUCAAGUCACACCUGCAACCAGUGCUGGUUCUGCCCUAGACCAUACCUCUGUUCUGCACCUAAGAACGGACGAUGAUGUCCCGAGUUCGGCUCCACUUCUUGGCAUGAGCAAGAAUCUCUCCUCCACAUCUAUCUUGGUCACUUGGUUUGCCCCUACAGAAGUGAAUGGGGAGAUAAUAGAAUAUGCCAUAGCUCUGCAAGGACCCCAAGGAUUCAGCAGCGCCUACACCGCUGAAACCCAGUUCACUCUUGCACACCUCACUCCAUACACACCCUACAAUCUGUCCAUCUCUGCAGUGAACCGCAGGGGCGUGGGCCCCUCACUAAUGCUGGCACUGCACACUGAUGAAGCAGGUCCAAUGUCUCCACCACGAAAUCUCAGCAUCUUUAACCACUCGUCUGACUCAGUAUGGCUCCACUGGGAACCUAGUUUGGAGCCAAAUGGCAUGGUUCAGCAUUAUGGAUUCAGAAUAGUGGAAUUGAACUCCAACACUAUUAUAUACCAGAACUCAUCAGAUGCCUCCACACACGCUGAGCUAAGUGGUUUCAAACCCCAUAGCUCAUAUGAGAUAAGUGUGUGCACUUACACUAGAGCCGGUAAUGGAGACCAUUACAGUUUUCCUGUUACCUUUACUACCCGGGAGUCAGUGUCCGAGGCAGUUGGGAAUCUGUCCUGUUCUGGGCUGGAUUGGGAUUCGUUGUAUAUGGAAUGGGAGCCACCAGCUAAUCCGAAUGGACAGAUAUUGCUAUACCUGGUGCACUCAGCAGAUCGUAGAGAAGAGGUGGAUCCUCUAAUGCUCGCAGACACACUUGCAUACACCUUCAGUGGGCUGAAGCCCGACACUUUCUACAUCAUUUCUGUAGCUGCUGUUAACUCAGCUGGUCCAGGAGUAGAGGCCAGCUGCACUGCACACACACUUCCAGAAUCAGUUCCUGGCCCUCCUCAGUCCUUGACUGUGGUGAACAUUAGCUCAGAUUCUGUUAUCCUGAGCUGGCUUCGUCCUGCCAGAGUUCCCGGGCUUUUGCGUGGUUACAGAGUGGAGAGACAGGGACUGAGGAGGGUGUGUGAACUGGAGAAUGAACAGUCCUGUGUGGAGGAUGAAGUUGUUUUGACCAUAGAUGGGACAGGAGAGGGCGAGAGAGUCACGCUGCAGCCUCUGCUUAAAUACACUCGCUAUCGCAUCAGAGCAACAGCCAUGACCAACGCUGGAGCAGGAGCACCUACAGAGUGGAUCUAUAUACAAACACUAGCAGGAAAGCCUGAUGCCCCACCAGCUGCUGUUUCUGUGAUCCCUUCCUCUUCUGGAAUGAAAAUCAAGUGGGAUGAACCCAGAAUCAUUUCAGGGCCGACCUCCUACCUCAUUGAUAUUGUUUCUCUGGAUGGUUCAGGUCACAAUAUGAGUAUAGUGAGGCAGCCGGGAGAAAUCAGGACUGUGGUCAUUGGCAAUUUGUCAGCAUUUACCCAGUACUCAGUUACUGUCACUGCCUUUACUGGAGACGUGAUGGAUGCUCACAGAGACGGCAUGGCCUCUAAACCUGUUCUCGUCCGAACACUAGAGGGGGAGCCAAAAGAUCCGCCAAAAAAUGUGACUUUGACCAUCAUUCCAGAGGAAGUGACUCGGGUGUUGGUAACAUUUUUACCUCCGGAUGAGCCAAAUGGCAACAUAAGUGCUUAUCACGUUUCCAUUUACCGUGAGGGACAGUUGGACUUCCACAUCGACAGGUUACAAGUGGUCAGCAAUGCCAACAAGACCAUGACUGCUGUUAUCGAGGGCCUUAAAGGAGGCUUUAACUACAGCAUUCGGAUUGCUGCAGUAAAUGGAGCAGGUUUGGGGCCCAGCUCAGAAGUUAAACUUAUCACUGGGAUGAAAGCUCCACCGAAGCCAUCUUUAAGGCCAGCGGUAGCUCUGAACAGUGGCGGUGUUGUCAUGGCAACAUCCAAAACCAUCACUAUCGAGAUGCCUGUGUGUUUCUUCUCAGAUGAGAAUGGUCCUAUUCAGAAAAUUCAGGUCAUCGUCUCUGAGCCAGCAGUGAUGGACUACAGCAAUGUGUCUAACUGGAAGAGCGUAUUCUUCCAUCCUCCUGCACCCUACAUCACAGAUGAUGGCUUUCUUAACCCAGAGUGCACAGAGGAUCUGGAUCGCAUGAGCACACCUCCCAGAAUAUAUGUGAUAGGAGCAGAGGAAGGCUGCUUCUCUGAAAAUGCACAAACACUCUGCAAUGGGCCUCUCAAACCCAGAACAUUCUAUGUAUUCAAAUUUCGUGCUACAAAUAUCCUGGGCCAGUACACAGACUCUGAGUACUCUGAAAAAAUUCGAACUGCAGAUGACCGCCUUUUGACUCGGGAUGAGCAGAUCAUCCUGGGAGUGCUGCUGUCUUUCUUCUUAGCAGUUUUUCUAAUCUUGAUUAUAUAUGCUUCUGUACGGAUCCAUCAGAGGCAGAAGGAGGGUGGUACCUACUCGCCACGAGAAGCAGAGAUUAUUGAGACCAAGUUGAAGCUGGAUCAGCUCAUAGCAAUGGCUGACAUGGAGCUAAAAGAGGAAAAAAUAAAUCGGUACUCCUCCUUUUUCUUUAGGAGGAAGGAGAUAUAUGUCAUCCAGCUGCUCAGUUAUAGGAAAUCUCUCAAACCUGUUAGUAAGAAGGCAUUUCUUCAGCAUGUGGAGGAUCUUUGUGCCAAUGACAACGCCAAGUUUCACGAGGAAUUUGCGGAACUGCCGAAACUACUGCAUGAUUUGGCUACAUCUGAUGCUGAUUUACCCUGGAACCGCUCUAAAAACCGUUUCACUAAUAUUAAACCCUAUAACAAUAACCGAGUGAAGCUGUUGUCUGAGCCAGGGAUUCCAGGAUCUGAUUACAUCAAUGCUAGUUUUGUUUCGGGCUACCUGUGUCCUAAUGAGUUUAUAGCCACUCAGGGGCCUCUGCCUGGAACAGUGGCUGAUUUCUGGAGGAUGAUUUGGGAGACCAGGACCAAAACCAUUGCCAUGCUCACUCAGUGCUUUGAGAAGGGUCGGAUUCGCUGUCAUCAGUAUUGGCCAGAGGAUAACAAGCCUGUUACUGUGUUUGGUGACAUAAUCAUCACAAAGUUAACAGAGGACAUGCAUCCUGACUGGACUGUCAGAGUGCUGCGAGUAGAGAAGCAUGGAGAUUACAUGGUGGUGCAUCACUUUAACUAUACUUCCUGGCCAGAGCAUGGGGUUCCUGAAUCCAGUUCCACUUUAAUCCAGUUUGUCAAAGCUGUCAGAUCAAACAGAGGUCAUGACAACACAACCAUAGUCGUACACUGCAGUGCUGGAGUGGGCAGAACUGGUGUGUUCAUUGCGCUAGAUCAUCUGAUUCAGCACGUGAGAGAUCAUGACUUUGUGGAUGUUUAUGGCCUGGUGGCAGAGUUACGCAGUGAGAGGAUGUGCAUGGUGCAGAACUUGGCUCAGUACAUGUUUCUGUAUCAGAGCACUCUGGAUCUGUUAACCAGCAAAGGCAACAGUCAGUCCAUCUGGUUCGUCAACUACUCUGCUCUGGAAAAAAUGGACUCACUGGAUGCUAUGGAAGGUGAUGUUGAGCUGGAGUGGGAGGAGACAACAAUGUAAUGGUUGGCAUUGAUUCCAUAGGAUUUCCAGAUCACCUGAUUGAAGUGUAAAAACAAAGAAUGGACAAACCGUGAAUGUAGACUUCUGUGACAUUGGGGCCAAAUACAGAGCAAACUGAAACUUAAAGUUGGCACACAUACAUAGUGUUUGUGUAGGUAUACUUGUUUCAUCCUUUUUUCUAACUUCAUCUG